CCUCUACACCGGAUAUAAUAUAAACACUGCACAUUUCAGAGCGUUUUGACAUCUUGUGAACUCUACAAUGUCUAAAAAUACACGAAUAGCGCUCAUAUUUGGAGGUUUUGUAACGGCGGUGGCGGCUGCGUUUUAUCCAAUUUUUAUCCAUCCUCUGACGCACAAAGAUGAGUACAGGGCAGUGCAAAAAGUGAAUCGAGCGGGAAUCAAUCAGGCGGAUGUCCAGCCAGUGGGGCUGAAGGUAUGGUCUGACCCAUUCAAACCUGCAGAAAAAUGAACUCUCACCAAAUCCUCCUUAUUGCAGAAGCUUGAGUUAGGUUGAAAAAUGUAUCAUAUUUAAAUGCUUUGUGUUUUAAUGCCAGAGUUUUUGACUGCUGUGUGUAAAUACAAAUAAAGGAUUUUUAUAAUGAACAUUCCUUUUUUUUCCAUAAAUAAUCAUUUACCAAUUCUCACCACAAGAGGGCACUCACGGUCUUUCUGUUGAUGGAGUCCUUCAACCCGCUCAUUGUUUUGUCAGUGCAUCUUGGAUAUUUUGGAAAAAAGGAUUUGCGUUUUCAAAGGUUCUGUCCUGGAAUGCAGUCUGUUGGAAAUUAUGUAAAAACACACUGUUAUGUUUAUGUAUCCCAUUGACAAGAAUCACUUCUGACGUUUUAUUUUGAUUUUGUUGACAUGAGAGUCGUAAAAUGGCUUCAACAGAACAGGGACAAUGUCCAGUAAGAGGAGGAUUGGAAACAGUAAAGAGAUGGAGUUACGUGAGGACAAAACACUUUGGUCAAUACAAAUCCUUUUGUAAUUUGGACAGGAGCACAGGUGAUGAGAAGUUUUGUGUACUGCUUGAGUAACUGUUGUAAAUAUUUAUUCUGAAACACACCC